UGAGAGAGGAAGACGACACAAGCAAGGAAGAGAGUCCUGGAACGGCGACCAAAAACAAAACAGCUAAAACAGAAUAGACUGCAAGCCAGAGAGAGAGAGAGAGAGAGAUAGGGGCGUAGAGAAGGAAAGUAGAGGACACAGCUCAAGGAAAGAAGGAAAGAAAGAGAGAGAAACGUGAAGAAAGGAACCCAAUACAAAAAAAUAAAAAUAAAAGAAAACUGUAGCUGCAAAAUUGCCAAGAGAGAACACAACGAAAGCAAGAAGGCAAAGUGGCAAACAGAAGAAAAACAAAAAAACGAGACGUUGCUUCCUAUUUUCUCUCUCACGCAAAUAUUUUAUUAUUCUCUCUCUAUAAGAAGACGUGUCGUUUGACGUUGAAUUCGCUCUCUGUCUCUCUCGCUCUCUCUCUCUCUCUCUCUCCAAGAGUUUUCCUCUCUCGUUUAUUUUCUCUUUUUAAUUCGUUUUCUCUGUCCCUCUCACCGACCUCUCUUCUUUCCGGGGGAGGCGCGGAAUUCCACUCGUCCAAAUUAGUUUUAAACUUGGGCUUUGACAGGGUUGUAGGUUGGUGAGGAUGGAUCUCAGCCUCAGGCCGCUGGCUUAUUUGGUGCUGCUGUUUCUGGCUUCUUCUUCAUCUUUCAUUGCCGUUCAUGUUGUUACAGCCAACGUGGUGUUCCCAGUGCAGCACAAGUUUAAAGGCCAGGAAAGGAACUUGAGUGCAUUCAAAGCCCAUGAUAUACGCCGUCACGGUAGAUUGCUCUAUGAUGUGGAUCUGAAAUUGGGUGGCAAUGGAAAACCUUCUGAAACUGGGCUGUACUUUGCUAAAAUUGGGAUUGGGUCUCCUCCAAAGGACUAUUAUGUGCAAGUGGAUACAGGAAGUGACAUUCUUUGGGUGAACUGUAUUGGCUGCGUCAGGUGCCCUAAGAAGAGCAAUCUCGGUAUAGAACUGACCCUAUACGAUCCAAAGAGCUCCUCUACUUCAAGUUUGGUUACUUGUGAACAAGAUUUUUGCAAAUCCACAUACGAUGGUCCACUUCCUGGUUGCAGGCCUGACUUACUUUGCCAAUAUAAAGUUGUUUAUGGAGAUGGAAGCGCAACUUCUGGGUUUUUUGUGGAGGAUAGUGUACAACUUGACCGAGUGACUGGAGAUCAUGAGGUAGCACCAGAAAAUGGGAGUGUGAUAUUCGGGUGUGGAGCUAAACAAUUAGGGGAGCUUGGUUCAUCUUCAGAAGCGCUGGAUGGCAUACUUGGUUUUGGACAAGCAAAUUCAUCCAUGAUUUCACAGCUAGCGUCAGCAGGAAAGGUGAAAAAAAUGUUUGCACACUGUUUGGAUAAUACAGAAGGUGGUGGAAUCUUUGCCAUUGGGCAAGUGGUGCAGCCAAAUGUGAACAUGACUGCAUUGGUACCAAAUCAGGCGCAUUACAAUGUUGUAUUGAAGGAUAUUGAGGUGGGAGGUGAGGCUCUAUCACUUCCGUCAGAUAUAUUUGAGAACGGAUUUCGGAAAGGAACUAUAAUUGAUAGCGGCACAACAUUGGCUUACCUUCCAGAGGUGGUUUACGAGACCCUAGUUCCAAAGAUUAUGGCUCAGCAGCCUGGAUUGAAAUUACAUACUGUUGAAGAGCAGUUUAGUUGUUUUCAGUACAUUGGAAAUAUUGAUGAUGGAUUUCCAACCGUCGCGUUUCGUUUUGAAGGUUCCCUUUCUUUGACAGCUUACCCUCAUGAGUAUUUAUUCCAGAUUCAGAAUGAUGUAUGGUGUAUCGGUUGGCAGAAUAGUGGGAUGUCUAAGGAUGGAAGCCAAAUGACCCUUUUGGGAGAUUUGGUGCUUUCAAAUAAGCUAGUAGUGUAUGAUCUUGUAAAACAGGCAAUUGGAUGGACUGAAUACAACUGUUCUUCAAGCAUUAAGGUGAAGGAUGAGUCUGGAGCGGUGUAUUCUGUUUACGCCCACAAUCUUUCUUCAGCUUCCACUGCGAUUAUUAGGAGAACGUUAACCUUUAUGUUAUUACUGAUUGGUAUGCUGCACAGCAUUUCCUAUUAAUUUGUUUCUGCAUGGCAGAGUAUUCAUUAAUUUUGUUUUACUAUAAUAUAUUGAAUAAAAAUGUGCAUCUUCGUUUA